UCUCUUUCACUCCCCGCGCGGCACUCGCGCUCAUUUGUGUGACGAGUGUGGCGGCCGUCCCGAACAAAGUUUUUGUAGCCCAGUUGCCAACCUAAACAUCUUGAUCGCUGAUGUGCAUCACCGACAGAAGUGUCAGAACUUUCGUUUUCAAUUAUCUGAACUCGUAGGUGCGUUGAGGUAGAGCUCGCCGGCUCGUUGGGCGCAUAGGAUACGAUGAAGAGCUCCGGACCGGGGGUUUUGUCUCCAGCCAUUAGCCUGCUUGCCGGCACCCUUAUUGGAUUCGUGAUCACUAGCCAGAUUUUACUAUGGCUCAAUAGUGAACAUUUUUGUGACACAUCUCCUUUUAAACGAACUCAGGGCUCACCAAAGCCUCGCCUUCUAUUCGUUGGCGUGAUGACGGCGGAGAAGUAUCUGUCUACACGAGCUCUCGCAAUCCAGCGCACUUGGGGCAAAGCCUUGAGCGGAAGGCUCGCUUUCUUCUCAAGCGGCUCGUCACAUUGGGACGGCGAGGAGAAACUACCUUUGGUCGCUCUCCGCGGCGUUGAUGAUUCGUAUCCGCCGCAGAAGAAGUCCUUUCUCAUGCUUAAGUACAUGCACGAUCACUAUAUCGACCAGUACGAAUGGUUCAUGCGCUGCGACGAUGACGUUUACGUGCACGUCGAAAGACUAGAGCGCUUCCUCCGCUCUGUUAAUUCAAGCAAGCCACAGUACAUUGGUCAAGCUGGUCUAGGAAACAAAGAAGAAUUUGGCCAGUUGAGCCUUGAACCCGAUGAGAACUUUUGCAUGGGUGGACCUGGUGUGCUUUUCAGUAGGGAGACCCUUCGACGUCUUGUUCCACACAUCUCAACCUGCCUGAAGCAUCUUUAUUCAACCCACGAAGAUGUUGAAGUUGGCCGUUGUGUCAGACGUCACGUUGGCAUCCCUUGCACUUGGUCUUACGAAAUGCAAACAAUUUUUUAUCACAACUUUUUCGGCGAGGUGGCUCUGAAAGGUCGCGUGAGGCGACGUGAAGUGCACAGGUCACUAACGCUGCACCCAAUCAAGGACCCUCGUGAAAUGUACAAGGUGCAUGCAUAUUUUGGUGGAUUUCGUGCACAAGAGCUGAGGCAUCGGUCACUUCAGCUUCUCAGGGAAAUACGAUGGGCUGCUCAGAGCUACGGGGGAUGUGUAUCACCAACUCAAGCUGCAUCGCCAUGGUGUAAGGGCAUUGUGAAUGGAUCUUCGGCCCUUUCUGAGAUGCCUUCCCUUACCAAGUACUUUCCUGGAGAAAUUCAAGAUCUCCUAACAUGGGACUUCUUUGCAAAAAGCCUCUACUCUGAUCAAGUGACAAACCCGCGUCGACGCGUUGAAUCAUACUACGAGAUCAGCAUCAACAAUGUCAUUAGUGACCUCAUGGAGCUCACGAACCGCUACUCCAAGCAGCGUGGCCGCGUAAUUGAGUUCAAGGACGUGCUGUAUGGCUACCUGCGCGUCGACCCACUUCACGGUGCUGACUAUGUGCUUGACCUGCUGCUUACCUACCGCAAGUACCGUGGCCGCAAGAUGACGCUGCCUGUGCGGCGGCAUGCCUACGUACAGCAGCCUUUUACCCAGCUGCGGAUCCGGGAUGUGACUCCUCCUGUGGACGAGUUGCGGCGGCGAGCCACAAUCCGCUUUGUGCUGCCACUGUGCGGCCGGCGAGCCGCAUUUGAACGCUUCCUGCGCACCUUCCGCGAUGUGUGCUUGGACACGGACGAUGCGUGCAGCCUACUCGUGGUGCAGUAUCGGGACACCACGGCUGAGGCCGACGACCUGGAGGGCACGGUGACCGCAGAGCGGGUGCUGGGUGCUGACUACGACAAGUCGCGAGUCGAGUUCCUGCCAGGUGGCGGCGAGUUCUCACGAGCUGCUGCACUUGAGCUGGGUGCAUCUCGCUUCAAAGACGACGAGCUGCUCUUCUUCAUUGACGUUGACAUGGCAUUCGACGCCGGUGUGCUGCGCAGGGUUCGGGCCCAUACGGCGCGGCGCCAUAGUGCCUACUUUCCCAUCGUGUUCAGCCAGUACGACCCAGCCUACACAGGCAUUUUGACUGCAGACUCACCCCGUGUUGCCUCUGAGGAAGGCUACUGGCGGCAGUUUGGUUUUGGCAUCGCUGCCAUCUACAAAUCAGACCUUGCUGCUGUUGGUGGUCUCGACGUCAGCAUACGUGGCUGGGGAAAGGAGGAUGUGGACCUGUUCGACCGCAUAGUGGCUUCCAACCUGUCCGUGGUGCGUGCCCCCGACCCAGGCCUGGUGCAUGUCUUCCAUCCGGUGCGCUGCAGCCGUGACCUGGCCAUUGCCCAGUACGACAUGUGUUUAGGAACCAAGUGGACCAGCGUCGCCUCCGAGCGCACGUUGGCCACUAUCAUCGCACAGCAGUAUCACGAGCUGCUCACGAGGAACUUCAGGCGCUGAGAAGCAUUUGCAUAAUAAUUUUGCAUUGGGGGACAGUAGGGCGGCACUCACUCUGGCCACAGGGCAUUGAGGAUCCGUCAUGCCUAGGCAAUUCUAAACUUAACAGUUCAUUACUGUCACUAUUUUCAUCACAGCCUUUAUGUAUGCUCUAUAUACAUAUGUAUUUGUGAACCGGUGGCAUAUCUUGCCACAGAUCAUGCUUAUGUAUAAUGUGAACACUUGCAUGGCAAAUGUAGUGUCCACACUGGGCCUCUUCGAUUAUGCAGUCCCGGACUGUCCGCAAACCGUCUGCGGCUUCCGGUCUCACUAGCCCUGACAAAAGAGCACGUCACAGUCACGUGAUCCAGUUGUCGGGGACUGUCUGAGGUUUUGUUCGAAAGCACCGUAACCGGAAGUCACUCUCCUGGCUGCUGUCAUCUGCUCUUACUUGUAGAUAGCCCGCUACCCAGCGAAUUCAUUAGUGUGGCCUCUGAAAUGGUGCAGUCUCAGAGGCCACAUCGCGGACACAGCCAUAAAGCGUGUAUAUUGGAAUCGCAGCCUGAGCGCAUAGAACUUGUUUGCAAAGCGCAGUUUACGUUGCGCUCUUGCUCUUCGUGCCCCUUAACGGCUAUAUUUAAGCUAGCUCAUUGCUUGCGAAAUUUAAGCGGAUUUCCCACAUGAACAUAAGCAAAAUCGCAGUCGUUCCACAUCGCUGUUCAUGCAAAAAGCACCCGCUGAUAUCCUCAAACCUCGUGAGACUGUCUACUAAUUAAAGGCCUGACGCGUGUCUCGGACAGAGCGCGUGUUCCCAGUUGAACUAAUCCUGCACAUAGAAAAGCAAAUGUGCGAACUUGGCAACAGAAGAGAUCAACAUAUAUGUCGACAGCAAUCGGGAAGCUCCGAUUGUAUACCACCCCAGCUACUGGCGUGAAAUAGCCACAUGCAAUAUGAUAUGCUUCCUCGCACACCAGUUUCAUUCUCCUGAAAAGCAAAAUUUACCUGUUUACUACGUAUAUAGCAAUGGGCAUGAAAGAUUUCGCGAAACACAUGACGAAAAGCAAGCAUGUGCCGCUGAUCACUGUGCUUCUCUCUCAAAAAACACGGAAGACUAAAGCUACAGCAAUUAGACCGCUCGUGAAAAACUUGCAUGAUGGACACAAAGCACCGAUGUAACAGAAGCAAUAGCUCAUUGCGCAGUAUUUGCCGUCCGGAACACGCCAAGUAUGCAAAGUAUGCACACGGCAUCUUUCACAACAUGGCGUCAAACACAGCAUGCAUCUUUUGAAGAUAGCCGUCGCCUGCUAGCUGCUUGCGCUUGUGCGAGUAAAGAUCUGCUGUCAGCUCCAAGAGUCCACAGACAGUCUGCAACUUCCGGUCCAUGAAAAACGAAUGCGAUUCUGGCAGCUCUCGGACUGAUGGUCGGAGCUUCCGAAGCUGUUCGAGAAAACCGAAUGCGGGACAACAGUCCCAAGUAGUCUUGGACUGUCAGGGACGGAUAAUUGAAGAGGCCCACUUCUGGUGCUGCAACUACAAGGUAUGUGCAUUGGUUGUUUUCAAAGCCAUAUAUUCCUAAGGUAUGAUAGUGUAUAUGCUGGUCAGGACCAGACUUGGAAGAAGCUGUUACUGACUUGGUAGAGCCACAGCAAUUCCCGCAUAUCUGGUGUGGGGCAUUUUGAGGUUCGGCCACAUGAAAUUUCCAUGCGCUUUCUUGCUACAGGCUUAGCGGCACAUGUUCAGUGUUUCUUGAUGCUUCCAAACAUUAGAUUUGAUGGUGGGACUUUUUGUGUGCACGAUGGUAUAAUAUUUACAAAUAUCAAUAGUUUUUUAAAUUUCAAAUCCCAAAGACAUCGUUUUCUUGAACUAUUUCGUAUCUUUCAGUGAGAAGGUCACAGGGAAGCACUUGACAUAGGCUCAGGUUCACAAUGAGCUGCUCAUGUGAAGACUGUUUUCGACACGAAAGUCAGGUCAUUUACAGCCUUUCUCAUUUUUUUUGUAUCUUCAAUUUUUUUUUUUCACUGACACAGCUAAUGGCAUUAAAAAGAUUGCUGAAUAUUUUUCCCCCGGUGGCUCAGCUUACUUUUCUCCAGUCAGUGUUUUGCCUUUGAGUAUUGUGCUUCUCUUUGAUGCAUGUCACUAUCAUGAAUCUCAUAAUAAUCUUGCAUGAAUCCCAUUAAGUUGAUAAUGUUAUGUAUAUCAUUAAUACAUGACAUGUAAAAUAGUAGUGCCAUGCUUUGGCAGUUUUAAUUCCUUACGUUCCCCUGGUGAAUCAGACAAAGGUUGCCAGAUUGAACUUGCUAUAGGUGAAUGGAAAUGUAACAAUCCUUUUAUAAAACGGCCGUUAACUAUUACUGACUUGCCAAUGCGUGAAAUUACAGAAAGCCAUAUCAGCAGGAAGUUUAACAGGGUGUCCUCCACUUUCAUGUCCUUUUGUGAAGUAUGAAACCUCUGCCCUUGGUAAAUGUGACAUACUUUGUAUUUUUUAGUGUUGCUUACUAAAUAGUUUCGAGCAGUAUUUUCAGUAAUUGUUCCUUUAAGCUUAAAAAGUGAUUAGAGAAUGAGCAGGUGCACGUCUGUAAGGCACGCCCUUGCUCCUGAAAGGCUCAACAUGUGCAGCAUCAAAAUCGUUAAAGUAGACGCACUGAAGAUCAGUUCCACUGAAGGCAAGUGUUAUGCUCCAAAAGGAAUGGCUAAUUUGCAUGUCAUAAAACUUCAUGUUUUCUUUGACUCAAGCCGGUCGUCAAAAUGUGCAUACUAUCAUGUGCUUAGACGCAUUGCCUUUCUGACUGUAUUUCCAGUAUGAAUGUUUACAAAGUGUUCAAUUUAAUUAGCAAUUGCAGUUUUUAUGGAUAUAUGGGUCUAUUCAUAUUGUGACUUGAUUGGCCAUGUGCCUCAGGUAGUUUAGUGUUUUUGAAGUAAUUAGUGACUAAAAUACUUCAGAGCUGUUACAGAUAAUUUUCUUACUGUCAUUAACUUUUUUUUGUGAGCUGCACAAAAUUAAAUUGUGUUCCAAGUGUUGUACUGUCAGAUGUCAAUGCCCCUACUAAAUUGUCUUCGAGGCAUUGUUAAUUGCUGCUUGUGUUUUGAAAGUUACAACCACGUUGUAAAUGUGCAGGCAUGGCUUGACCCACAUUUGUAUCUGAGCCAGACAGUUCGAUCUCUCAAAAAUGAUGACAGUAGCCUUAUUAUUUUGACGAUUAUAAACCAUGGACUUCUUCAGCAUCUGCCACACUUAGACAAAACAAACUAUCUCAUUUUUUUCUUCUGAGAGGGUUGGGGAAAGGCCUUCUGAACAGUUAAGCAGAACACUGCCCAGCAAACUUCAGAAGUUGGGGGGGGGGGAUUCAGGAAGGGGUCAGGGCAUCUGACCACACCCUCCCCUCAUGUGAUCGAUUCACGCCUUCACUGUUGGCUAUGCUACAUUGCUGCCAUGCACAAGGUGCGGUGUCCAUGCAUAGGGAAUAAUUUUUUUUUAAUGCUAGAUUGGCCGCGUUUAGUUAUAAUCAACAGUCCAUCAAAAUGUUUCAAAAGGGGAGUCAUUGAGUUAGGUGUGAAAAAAUAGUGAAGUGAAAAAGAAAUGUAGGGACCGGUUAUUAUAUGGCCUGCAGACGGGGAAACGUCACUAUGAUUACUGAUGGGAUCAUGCUUUUUCUCUUGCUGCUUUCGAAGGAUCACUGUGAUGACUGUGAACAAAGCUUUCGGCAUUUUUUCCCCUGUGUGCUACUUGAAUGGUACAUUGCUGUUUUAUUAGUGUUUCAUGCCAGCUAAGUUGAUGUUUUAAUCUUUUUUAAGUGGUUUGCUAGUGUCCUAGAAAUAUGUCGAGGAUCCGAGGAUGAUCUUGUAGCCUCCAUACAUCGAGGCUUUCUUUCCACUUUACUCAGCCUUUACUAUCAUGUAGCAUCUUUUAUACACGCGCGCAUGCUUUUGCAGUGUGAUCAAGAACUUUUAUCUCUGAAAACUUUUCUCCACGUGCCUUAACAGUGCCAAGGUGUGUGUCUGUAUGAAUCCGUAGUUCGAUGUUGUUUCACAUCGCUUACAUGCGUUGUCCUUGACGCUAUAUUUGCUUCUACGUUUUGCCAACUCUUUAUGGUACUGUCUGUGCCGUGCGCAGGCAUUGUUGAAAAGUACUGUUAAUAAUCACCUUAUGUGGAGUGUUGUACGCCAUGCGCGUGUUGUUGAAAGGCAUUGUUUGCGUGCUAGUCACGUUUACUUCUCGCACACUUUACAUGUGCGAUCGUGUCCGCGUACGUACGCCCCCGCUGUGCCGUUUCUUGACGGGAAGGUUGCGCGCCGGACGCCCGUUUAUUGCUGUUUUGCGGUUGCACGCUGCGUGCCAAAUUGUUUCCGGCAUAGAUCGGUCUGGGCGCCAGGACGUCUUGAGUGUCGCUUCCGGAGUAGCCUCGGUUAAUCGGAAGGGCAAGCACCGAAUCUCUUUCCUCUCUGUCUACCGAAGCAGCCGGAAUUGAGUGACUCAUGACUGAGUGUUCAUUGUUUAAGCUGCUGGUGACGGAACUAAAUGGAGGAGCCUCAAAAUUGCUCUGGUCACAUGUUACGGUCCCAACUUAACGUUACUGCAGUGCGGAUCGCUUAUAACGUAUAAAUGUUUAAAAGUUACAAAGCCGGUUGAAACGUGGAUUCUUUUUUUAACACCAGCCUUGCUACUGUAAAACUUUAUCCAGCGAUUGACAGCUGCUCAGAAAGAAGUGCGAACCGCUUGUUACACGCCGCACUUUUCGGACGAGCUCGCAAAUCCACUGCGUGUGCGGCAAGCGCGCUUUCUCGCAACACGUUCGAGACGACGGUGAAGUUGAAAGACCAGGGGCGUGCGACAGAAGCGAAAUAGCGUUUCGAGAACGUUUACUUGAAUAAGACGCUUAAAAGCACGUGAACGUACUUGUCUCGCGCCAUAAGUCCAUAAUGUCUUUAUGAACUUUGAAGUGGAAGGAUAAUUACAGUAACAAAAGAAAAACAGUGGGCUGCACUCGACAACUUCCACUAGUGUGUCCUUGGGCCAGAUCGCACACAAAGUACGCUGCGCUGGCGACUGAGCAAGUCUACAACUCGGUGUGUUCAAUGUUCACUAGGCCAUGUUCAGAUGUUGCUUAUCCACCUAGCGCGCACGAUAAAAUAAAUAGAAAUAGUUUUCUUUUCCUGGCAGAAUUGUUUCGCGGGUUGCAGUCUAGAUUAUUGCGAUGCCACGAAAUGUCUUUUCGCGGAGAGCCUCUGGUCGUCGCCGUAGCACUCAAGACCCUUGUCCAGUGCUUGCUGGAAACGGCAAGCUUAGAAACAGCGCGAGCUGCAGUUCAGGAAAAACGCACUCUGGUGAUUAGGCUUCGUGUUAUGAGCCAUGGAAAUUCUUAUAGUGCAUGUUAUAAGCGGUCUGCACUGCACUAAAAACAAGAUGGCCUGUUGCGCACGAUUACUCUUUGCCAACAAUUCUUUAUCCUGGCUGGCUUUGGCGUUGUUCGUGUAGCGACAACUUAUGAAUGUUUAUCACGUUGUAUUUUAUACCUUUUAUACUAUUUUACAACCUAUGUCCACCGUGCUUACGUCGAGAUGUUACAUCAAUAAACUCAUUUUAUUUGCCAA